AUGUCGGUUGGGGGUGGCGUAUCUCUGAUCUCCUUCUUGGGAACCGAUGGCGCCGCCCAGCCCAGCACCAUCUCAAGUUCCAUCGCAUGUGCCACAUCCAAUACUCGCGGUGUACUGCGAACCACAACAACGACACCCACCGCAGCCCUCAAACCCAGUCUCAAGACCGCUUCCCGCCGACCGACAACCCAAAUGGACCGCGACCCGGGCUUCCCUCCUAGUCGCCUUCCACAUUCACCAACUGGAGCCCUCAGCUCAAUCACCGCAUCAUCAUUCGCCCUGUCGCCCGCAUAUGGCUCCAGUGCAUCACUACAUCAGCCGCCCAAGACCUCGGGCCAUCUGUGGUCGCCCGUUACGACUACCAUCGACCGCCACCCGAAAAGGUCUCCGGCAGCUUCUACGACCCCAUUACCGACACUCGGGAAGCGUGUUGAGAGUGUUGGGACUCUGGCGCAGCAACGUCUGGGACACAAUGACGUUGCCACGUGGUGCGGGUAG